CAGAUACUGCAGAGCCAAGUAUCGGUAUCAGGGCCAAAAAAAAUGGUAUCGGUGCAACACUAGCACUGAUUUCUAUCCCUUUUAAUGUAUUAAAGACCAUUUUUCAUAAUGGCCACAUGAGGUCGCCACAGUUAUAUUUCUCUGUCUGGCAGACAAGUUCACUUCUUCGGCACUGCUGUUGACCCUCUCAAUAGAAUGCCACUAUUUUGUCAUUUUAUCAUAACACAAGUAUACAUUUAAUUCUUAAUGCCCCAAUAAAACAAUUUGAAGUUUCACAGUUCUUACAGAGAUAAUCUAGAUUGUAAAAACGCCAUGAUUAGGUGUUUUCCUAUGCUUGGAAGUGGGCAAAAAAGAUGAUCAGAAAUUGAAUAAAUGUGUCUCUGAAGGGUUAAAUCUCAUCAGUCGACUUGUUCCCUCCUAACAAAAGGUGGUCGCAGUGGCGGCGAGCACGUGAGUGUCUUGUAUUGUAGAUGCAGUGCGGGUGUGUGAGGAUUGUGAAGACGCGCAGUGGAUCGUGCUGAGUUCAGAGAGCGCACGGCGCGCGCACUGUGGGAUACUUCACUUGACAGCCUCCUCCAAUUCAAGCAUUUGUCGGGAUUAAGUAACGGGGAAGGAUCGUUUCCAUUCUGUGUCGAUUUGAUGUACAGUUUGGGCCAUUGUGUUAAUCGAGUGACUCGAUCCAUGUAGCACGCUUUUGUAGAGAAGCCAGGAUUUUGGACACUUUGAACAAAGUGGAUUGAAGCAGGAUGACGCGAGAUGCUUUGGCCAAUUAAGUGAGCGAUUACAUUUAAAGAAAAAGUUGACAACAGAGAUGUUUGAGCGGCACAUGUGGGUCUGCCCCAAUUCUUCACAUCUUCAGGAGGAUUUAAUCGUUGCUCUUCUUAAUUAAUACAUACCCACACCCUUCAACAAUCACUAAAGAUGGGAGCCCUGCAAAUAUUCCUCUUUCUUCUACUCCUGCACCAGGCCACAUGCGGCAAAGCACAAGUGGGAGCCGCGGAGCUCAUGGAGAGAGGGGACGGUGCACGCGAACAGACGUCUCCCACGGGCGCCAGUCCUCGGAUCCUCAACCCUCUGCGUUUGUUUGCCAGGGCCUCCCCGGGGUUCAAAAGCAACAUGAAGGAAAUGUCCUAUAUACAGAAUAUGGAGGACUUCUGGGACUGGUUAUCUAACCAGACAGAUGUUCAGGAUCCUCAGGCCAGAACUAAACGCAGGCCCAUCGUCAAGACCGGCAAGUUCAAAAAAAUGUUCGGGUGGGGUGACUUCCACUCCAACAUCAAGACGGUCAAACUCAAUCUUCUGAUCACGGGCAAGAUCGUGGACCACGGCAACGGCACCUUCAGCGUUUACUUCCGCCACAACUCCACUGGCCUGGGCAACGUGUCAGUUAGCUUGGUACCGCCGUCCAAGGUGGUGGAGUUCGAGAUAGCCCAGCAGUCCACGCUAGAAACUAAAGACACAAAGUCCUUCAACUGCCGCAUCGAGUACGAGAAGACGGACCGCAACAAGAAGACGGCGCUGUGCAGCUUUGACCCGUCCAAGGUUUGCUAUCAGGAGCAGACGCAGAGUCACGUGUCCUGGCUCUGCUCCAAGCCCUUCAAGGUCAUCUGUAUCUAUAUCGCUUUCUACAGCGUGGACUAUAAACUGGUGCAGAAGGUCUGCCCUGACUACAACUACCACAGCGACACGCCAUAUUCCUCCACAGGAUGAUGUGGCUCACCUGUGUGUUUGUGUUUGUGUUUCUGCGCGUGCGCCUGAUUGUGAAUAUUUUUUUUUAACGUUUAAAUCAAGCCAGGGGGCGUCUAAUAGUGUUGCAUCGAUACCGAUGCACCUAUCGGUACCGAUACGGCACUAAACUGACAUAGUUUGGAGUACUAAGAAAUAACGUGCUGAUGCUUCGCAAUAUGUACUCUUCGAAAUCUAAUUUCUGAAGCUGUUCACCCUACCCAAGAUGGCCGCGAGCUAGGCACGACGUCACUGUAAAAAUAGAAGCGCUUAUCGCCCUUCCCAAGAUGAUGUUGGACGUCCAGUUGUGUGGUGUCCAAUCAUCUUUCUGCUGUUAAUUUUAAUGAGUUUAUCACAUCCAAUCCAUUUCGAGUGGCUUGGCGUCUAGUCAAGGGUAGUGUCUGACGAAGCCAUGAAAGAAUUCCUUGAAAUCCAAGUGUGUAUCUUACCAGAUAGCCGGGUAUCGGAAUCAGUAUCAGGAGCAAAAAUUGCUAUCAGUCUAAACCAGAAAAAAAUGAUAGGUCGCAAGAACCGCUUUUUUAUUUUUAAACUUUCAUUUAUGAAACAUCUGUAAACCAAACUAUCAAUUGCCGUAUUUUCCAGACUAGAAGUUGCAUUUAUUUUCAUAGUUUGCUUCAGCGUGUGACUUAUACUCAGGUGCAACUCAUAUAUAUUUGUUGUUUUUCCCAUUAAAAAAAAUAUGUGCAUUUAUCCAAACAACUUCACAAAAAUGCUACGGAUCAUCAUUUUUGAGGACUGUGAUCUGAAAAGUCAAUCAUUUCAACACAUUAACUGUUUACAUCCUCUUUAUCCCGACUACGUUGUCCUCCACUGACACUGAGAGCAGUGCUACUCACAACUAGCGAGAGCGACUUGCUCUUGUAGUUGGCACUUUUGUCGGUUUUGAUUUUUUUUAAAAUGUUUUGUUUCUCUAAUGGACGACGAUAACUCUGCUUAAUUUUCAUUGACGUACCUACAAGUUUCUUUUGCUGCUCUUUGCCUAAAUCAAGUCUGCAAAUUCCGUGAUGAGGGAGAUUAGAUUGUUUAAAAAAUGACAACAGAUUAUUUUGAUGCAAGUAUGACAAGAUUGAAUUAAUAUUUGUGGUUCAGCACCCUCGGUUUGACGUACCGUAAUUUUUGGACUAUAAGCGGCUACUUUUUGUCCUUCAAUUUGAAUCCUGCCGCUUAUAGUCCAGUGAUUUGUUGAUUUAGUUGGGUUAAUAGGUAACACUUUAUUUGAAAGCGGUAUCAUAAGACCGUCAUAAUUAUGAUAUGACACUGUCAUGGGCAAUAAUGAAUGCACAUGAUAGGUGUCAUCCGGCAAAUUAUGUCACUAACUCCAUUUAUGUCCAGCUCGCAUCUUUUACAUCCAUUCAAAAGUGAGAUAAUUUGCCGGAUAACACUAAAUGACAUCUGUUAUAAGCAUUCAUUAAUGCUCGUGAUAGUGUCAUGUCGUAUUAUGAUUGUCUAAUGACAGUCUUUUGGCGCCACUGUCAAAUAAAGUGUUACCAAAUACCAUAACUUGCAAUUAAUGAAACAACUGGAACAGUAACUGAAGAAAUAAUUAGUACAGAACAUGAAUUUUGAUUGUUAUUUGCAUCUGUAGCGUGCAUUGCAUGCUAGGAGGCAUGUUGGACAACAACAGUAUUGACAGCAGGUGGCAGCAGAGGUUGACUGUCCCUCCCAAGGGAGCAGUGAUGGCCAAAUGAAGCUUCUUGAAGCGAUGAAGUUUUGCUGCCAAUUGGUUCAACACUUCAUGAUGGCUCAUUUGGUCUUAUGAUGCCUCUGUCAAAUAAAUUGUUACCGGAUGAUAUCUUUUGGUGUAAAUAUCCCAUAAUACAGUGAGGACAGCUGCGGCUUAUAUUCCAGUGCGGCUUAUCUAUGAACAAAUGCCGUUUUUGUGUCAAAUUUGGUGCGUGGCCGCUUAUAGUCAGGUGCGCCUUAUAGUGCGAAAAUUACGGUAUUUGAAUUUUUAUAUUAUUUAUUUUUUAAUUUCUUGAUUUUGAUCUGUUUUGAUAAUUGACCUGUGAAAGCUGCUUAGAUGAGCGUCAUCAUUCAUCAUUUUAACCCUUUCAGGGACAGUGGUAUCUACAGUGGACAACUGUUCAGAAUCUUUAACCCCUUAUAAUGCAAGUAUUUUUGGUCAUUAAC